CUUAGGCUCUUGUCUAGACUUCCGUUCCUUUCCAAGGCUCCUCUACUAACCCAUCUCUCUUUUCAUCACCCUUCACUCUUUCAACUGUCUCUACAAACGUUUCGACAUUUUGUCCUCGGUGGACUCCUAAACUUCACAUACGACUGCUGAGCAGUUCGUCUCUCAAUCUCGCGAAAGACCUUCAAGAUGGCGGCAUCUACCACCUCGACCAAGACCCUCAGAUUAGAUACGAUCGAUGUUCCUUCUAUCAACACCGCUCGACAAGAUGAAUUGGAAGCAAUGUCCCCACGCUCAUGGCGACACCGUACCGUCACAUAUCAGCCUCCUUCGCGAAGACAUACCACUGGCAGCCUUGAUGCUGAGGACUACUUCGUUGGUCCCCGUGAUAUGUCCAAGCACUCGAAAUGGCCUUUCUUCAUGCGCAUGCACGGCUCCGUCUUCCCCAAGAUGAUUCUCCCCCUCACCGUUGUCACUCUUUGGUCCACCGCCGUUACAAUAGUCCACGAACGCGUACACUCGCUCGCAGUCAGCACUCUUCUGCUCACGGUCCUCGGUUUUGUGGUCGGUCUAGCAAUUUCUUUCCGGACAAGUACCGCAUACGAGCGAUAUACCGAGGGUAGGAAGUACUGGAGUCAGUUGAUCUUCGUGAGCCAGAAUCUGGCGAGGACAAUCUGGUUCCAUGCUGGUGAGCGUGAAGGCGACUUGGGCAAGGAGGAUUUGUUGAACAAGCUGUCUGCCCUGAAUCUCCUUAAUGCAUACGCUUGCUCUAUCAAGCACCGCCUCCGCUUCGAACCCGGCAUCGACUACCCCGAUCUGCGCGAGCGUGUCACCUUCCUCGAUACCUUCGCCAAAGCUGCUGAACUCGAUAUUCCAGAAGCUCCGACAAAGAACAAGGCAAAGGCUGUAGGUGAAUACCUAGGAGUGACAUUUGCCGAAUCGAAUCCCCGCAAGAGGAUCAAGCGAUCCAAGAAGCCGCUUGGUAACUUGUCCCUGGAGAUUUUGAACCAUAUAUCUUGUUAUGUCCACAGCAUCAUCGACAAUGAGACGCUCAAGAUCGGUCUGUACCAGAAUCAAGCCAUCACCGGUAUUGUCCAGCUCAACGAAGCCCUCGCCGGCGUGGACCGCAUCCUCCAAACCCCCCUCCCAAUCGCCUACUCCAUCGCCAUCUCGCAAAUCACCUGGGUCUACGUCAUGAUGCUGCCCUUCCAGCUCUGCAAAGAACUCAGCUGGAUCACAAUCCCCGGGUGCAUCUUCGCCGCCUACAUCAUCAUCGGCCUCGCUGCCAUUGGUCGCGAAAUCGAGAACCCCUUCGGCCACGACGUCAACGAUCUCAACCUGGAAGCAUACUGCGAGGAGCUCGAAAUGGAUAUUGAUACUAUUACGAGCCAGCCGGCGCCCACGGCUAGAGAGUUCAUGAGGAGACCAGACAACAUGCCAAUUUGGCCGCUCAGCCACAAGAACUACGAGAGCUGGGCUGCCAGGAGCAAGCAGGAUAUCCGCGACGCGUUGAUCACGAAGACAAAGGCCGAUAUGGUGGUUAGGAAGAGCUUCGCCGCGCCGAGGCAGAGCGAGGGUGAUGAGAAAACCAAUGCUACGCUGCAGCAAGAUGCUUAAGCUCAGCCGCUAGGAUACGCACUGAGUCUUUCUGUAAUGCUCAGAAAUCAGACUGGAUAUCAAAAGUUGUUUUGGCGCUGGGUUGGAGUACGGACGCUACUUAGCGCUUUCCGCUUCCGGUUGGAGGCAUGCAUUGCGAGGUUUAUCGGUGUCGCUUUUUUAAUUUUCUCUGCAAAACUCCUUACGACCAAUAAUUGGCUGCCUUAUACCACGAUAGCGCUUGUC